UGGCGCGGUCUCUUUUUCUCUCUCAUUGAACAAUCUCUCAUUUGUCAAGCCACUGAAUUGCAUAUGUAACUUGUAGGUAUGGAAUGUUCACACAUCUCAUGCGGAAAAUUUUGCACUCCGUGAGAUACAGGGGUUCGUCUCUGUUGUGUGGAAUGAAUGGAACUUCAUUAGUAGAAUCAAGUCUUCAUUAGGUUGAUAGAUAAAGCUUGGUUGACGAUCUUAUGGAAAUAAUUUGUAUUUGCAACUUCUGGAUGAUGAAAUGGGGCGUUUUUUCGAACCAUUCCGCUUUGGUUAGCCGAGUGAUAUUCUUCCUCUCCAUUUUAGCAUUGCCAAUCCCUUUGAGAAAUAUAGCAUUUAUUCUCUAAAUGUCCUGUAUUUAGAGCUGUUUUUGGGUCAUACCACCAGUCCUCGUUCAGGGUUGCUCUGGACCUUGAGCAGAAAUUCCUAUACAUGGGCAGCAAUGAGUCAAUGACCCCUCUGUCUCUUCUCUUCCAAUUGCUGGAAAGCUUUCAUUCUGGCAUCUUUCCUUUCCCUUCCUCUUUCCUUCCUUCAGCCUUCCCUCCUUCCAAUAGGGUCAUUGGUAUAUCAUGUGUGGUAGGAGGGAAGAGAGAUCAAUGGGACAGAAUGUGCUUAACUAAUGACAUAAUGCAGUAUUUUUCAAAUAAAAAGCUUGGUGAUUUAUCCUUGAAAUACUGCCAAAUGUUGCCAUUGAUCACCUUCUUUUUAGGUUCUAUGUGGACAAGCUCACAGCUUGCCAAUCUAAUUUGGAGUUUGGGCCCUAAAAAUGGCAAAUUAGUUAAAAUAUAAUUGAUUUUUUUUUUUAAUAAUAAUAAUAGCAUUCCUUUUAGUUCUUAUGAUACAUUAAUCUGACAUGUGGAGUCACAUUAUCUUUUGAAGUGUUUUAUCUUUGUAAGAAAGUCCCCCUUCCUUCUCACAAUGACUCGCUCAAUGACUCUGAUUCUGACCAUAAAAAUGAAACAAACUGCAAAUAACCAUACCAUACCAAAACACCCCAUCUUUUCUGCUCACAAACACAAAUCAUAGCUAACCAAAACACCAUUUUUUUAGCUCACAAACACACAUGCUUGCCCUCCUUGUUUCUGUCAUCCAAAUGCCAAAUACCCAAUAACCCAAAACCAAAAAUUUCUUUGAUUCAUCGGUGUUUCUUCAUCCAUAAAAAGUAUGGCCAAGGCUCGACACGACCAUCUCCGGCUAACCGACUAAUCUCCGGCCUUUUUUUCCGAGCGAUGUCGGACUCACCACAGGACGGGUACUCCCUAUUCCCAGUGAUCAUAUUCCUCACAGUCAUUCUGGUUGCAUUCUUCUUUGUGGGAUUCUUCUCUAUAUACUUCUGCAGGUACAUAAUAGACCAUUUACUCCGCGCGUGGCACCUCCAUCAUGACCCCACCGGCACUCAGGUGGGUCCCGCGUGCGCCGGUGGCCGCCACGGCCUCGACCCUUCAAUCAUAAAGACUUUUCCAACAUUCACAUAUUCAAGUGUCAAAGAUUUCAGGAAGGAAAAAUAUGGACUAGAAUGUGCCAUAUGCUUGUUGGAGUUUGAAGAUGACAGCAUCCUUCGCCUUUUAACACUUUGUUGCCAUGUAUUCCAUCAAGAGUGCAUUGAUCUUUGGCUCGAGUCCCACGACACUUGUCCGGUGUGUCGGAGGAGCCUUGACACGCCGGUGAAAUCGCCAGAUAAGUCCCCGGCAAGGCCUUCUCAUUAUGCAUCACCUGAAAUGGAUCAUAAAAAUGAGUCAGGAGAACAUAGUUUUAGCAUUACCAUUAAGGAUGACAAUGCAGGUGAGACAGAAGGGAGCAGACAGGGACAUGAUCAAGCGGCUCAGGCCACGGAUGAACAAAUCGAAGAACACGAUAAGGUAGGAAAGUUUUCGAGGUCACACUCAACCGGGCAUUCGAUUAUUAGGCCUAGGACAGAGGAGGAUAGAUAUACAUUGAGAUUGCCAGAACAUGUGAUGACAAAACUUGUAAGGGGACACAACUGGACCAAGAGUUGCACCACAUUUGGAGAAUACAAAAGCAGAACAUCCUCCGGCCACGGCGGCUUUGGCGAGCUAGGGUUUUCCGGCCAAGACAUGGACAAAGUAUAAGCCAUUCUGUGUUUUCCAUUGUUUUUGAUUGUUUUUGCUUCACAAGGGUGGCUAGCAUAAUAGAUAUUGCUCUCAUUUUCCAAUCUUGUAUCUCAUGCUGUCAUGGACAAUACAAUUUCUAAGAGAUUUUAAUCUGUAGUUAGAGUAGUUUUUGUUUUGUUUUUGGA